AUGUUAACAUUUAUAUCUAUUUUUCGAGUACCUUAUAUUAAUCAAUUAAUUUUCACAAAUAUCAAACACAUUUCAAAACAAAUCUAUUCAACUUUAACAAAACAUGAUGGAACAUUGAAUGUAUCACAAAAAGGUAGUGAUAUCAUUACAUCACAACAACCACUUUUAGCAAUGAUAUCACAAUAUGCAUUACCAUGGCAUUUUAUUAAACAUUAUAUCAAUAAUAACAAAGAAGAAUUAUUGUUUGAAAGAAGAAUGUAUUCAAUUACAAAAUAUUGUAGUCAUCCAAAUGCUACAUUAGAUACUCUUAUACAUCUAUUAGAAUGGUCACCAGAUUAUGAUCCACAAAAGGAUUAUUAUGCAAGUUAUUAUACUAAUUUAGUUGCCAGUAUAGCAUCGGUUGGACAUGUUGCUAUACUUGAACACCUUAUUAAACGGUACCCAAACCUAGACUAUUAUAAUGCCUAUGACAUGGCUGCUGAAAAUGGACAUCUUCCCAUUCUAAAGCUUCUCACUGAACAGACAUCUGCUCAAUCUAAUGAUAUAUCAGGUGCACUCGAUCAAGCUGCUAGAAGAGGCUAUCUCGAUGUUGUAACCUAUAUUCAUCAAACUAGACCAGCAUCAAGUAAAUCUGAAUUCUCAAAUGCAUUGGAUUCUGCUGGUAGUAAUGGUCAUUUAGAUAUGUUAAAGUUUCUUCUUUCAAAUAGAGUAGUAUUUAAAUGUACUGAAAAUACUGCAAAUGGAGCUGCCAAUAAUGGUCAUUUGCAUAUAUUAAAGUACUUGCAUGAAAACAAAAUAGAAAAUGUAUUUUCAAAAAGAUGUAUGGAUUUUGCAUCAAUGAGAGGACAUUUUGAGGUUGUACAAUGGUUACAUAAAAAUAGAACCGAGGGAUGUACAGUAGCAGCAUUAAAUAGAGCAACAACUUUGGAAUUAAUUCGAUUCCUUCAUUUGAAUCGUACAGAAGGUGCUACUACUUUGGCAAUUGAUAGUGCUGCUUUUUAUGGUUUGGAUAUGGUAAAAUAUUUAGCUGAAAAUAGAAGUGAAGGAUGUACACCAACAGCUUAUGAAAGUGCUGCAUUGGGAAAUGUUGAAUUGGAAGUAUUCCAAUAUUUACAUGAGAAAUUUAAUUUGGAAUGUACAAAACAAACAUUACGUACACUGGCAAAGAACGGUAGAGUUGAUGUCAUUCAUUAUUUUAACAAACAAUUUCCUACAUCAAAUAUUUGGAAACCAAAAAUUAUGGAUACAGCCGCUGAAUAUGGUCAAAUUGAUGUUGUCAAGUAUUUACAUGAAAAUAGAUCAGAGGGAUGUACAAGGAGAGCUAUGGAUGAAGCAUGUGGUGAUGAAGGGUCACUAGAGAUGGUGAAAUGGCUUCAUUUUAAUAGAACUGAGGGUUGUUCAGCCAAUGCUAUGGAUACCGCAGCAAGAUAUGGUAAAAUUGAUAUUGUAAAGUUUUUACAUUAUAAUCGUACAGAAGGAUGUUCAAUUGAUUCAAUGGGAGCAGCUGCACAAUAUGGACAUUUAGAAGUCAUGGAAUUCAUUCAAGAGAAUUGUGAGGACGCAUAUAUGGCAAGCACCGUUUUCUAUGACAAUAGAAGUCCCUUUAGAAACUACAACAAAAUCGUUCAAUUUGUGUUGGACAGGAAAUUGGUUGAAAAAGAAUUUAUCGAUAAAAGACAUACUGUCUAUCUUGCUACCAAUGCUCAUUAUGAGAUUCUUCAAUUGAUUUCAAGUGUAUGGGAAAAACAACAACACCAACAACAGGUCUAUAGACCUGUUACAAUACCAAUGUUGUUUACUCAAGUAAACAAAUCUGUGACACAAUCUCAUUUAAAAGGUAGAUUUGGUCAGUACACAAACGACUCAACUAAUAUGGUUUCCUUUUGGUUAAUCUCUUUGGUUAUAAUCAUAUUAUCAUUUGUGAUCAGAAACAAAAAAUAUAAUGAAAAGGAUCCACCAGGCCCUUUUUCAUAUCCAGUAAUAGGUAUUGGACCUUUUAAAUUAGGAUGUAUUCAUUUAGUGUUUAGAUACUAUUUAGAUAGAUAUGCAAAGGUUGGAAAGGUUUUAAAAAUAUUUUUAUUUGAUCAGCCUUAUAUCACUAUUGCCAAUCCAACAGUCCUAAAGAAUGUUUAUUCUGCAGAGAAUGGACAAUAUUUCAAAACUAGACCUCCACCCAUCAGACAUAUUUUAGCUCACAAUACAAACAAUUCUUUUAUUAUGGCUGAUUAUCCACAAUGGAAAGAAACACGUAAAUUAUUAAUUGGAUCAUUUGGUAAAUCUAAACUAGCAAAGAAUUACUCCCCUUUUAUUGAUUCUCAAACUCAAGAAUUAUUAAAAAAGUUUAAACAUUAUAAUGGACAACCUAUUGAAAUCAAUGAUUAUUGGAAGAAAUAUUUUAUGAAUAUGGUUUCAAAUCAUGCAUUUUCACAUUAUGUUUCAUAUGAUGAAGAUUUUAAUCAAGGAUUUUAUCACAAAAUAUAUCAUGCACUUGAAGGUAUCAAUUUUGGAAUGCUUGUACAAUUAAUUUUUUCAAGUUCCUAUUUUAUGUGGCCACUCAAUUAUUUGAUUCAAUUUAUUCUAAAAGAUCAUUAUACUGCUCUGCUAACUGAAUUAACAAAUAUCUAUAAUCAACAUGUUAAAACUAUUGAUGAUGAAAAUCCAAGAGAUUUAUGUGAUUUAUUAAUUUCAGCAGGAAAUGAAAAGGAAUAUGUUAUAAAUACAUGUUUUGAUAUGUAUACUGGUUUGGAAACAUCAUUAUUUACAUGUCAAUGGGCAGUUUUAAUGUUAAACAAUUAUCCACUUGUUCAAGAAAAGGUGUUUCAAGAACUCGACGAAAUAGUUGGUCGAGGUAAUCAAUGUUUUAUAUCACAUCGUCCAAAUACUCCUUAUUUCAAUGCAUUCCUAUUAGAAGUAUUCAGGUAUAGACCAACCGUCAUUUAUUCAUUCCCAAGAGAAUGUACUCAAGAUGUUAUACUUUCAGAUUACUUUUUCCCAAAGAAUUGUAUGGUAGCAGCAAGUGUAGAUGUACUUCAUCAUGAUCCAGAUUAUUUUGAUGAUCCACAUACAUUUAAUCCAGAUAGAUUUAUGAAUCCUCCGAUUGGACAAUUAAACAACAAAGAGAAUAUUUUACUUUUUGGAUCAGGUAAUAAGAUUUGUAUUGGAAUGAAUCUUGUCAAUGAUGCCAUCUAUAUUGCUUUGACCAAUUUACUGUUAAACUUUAAGAUCAAAAAUGAAACUGAAACAUCUAUAAUCUUUAGUUCCCCCAAUAAUUAUUCUUAUUGUUUAUCUCAAAGAUAG